AUGGAUCCCCAAUUAUCAAUUAUUUGUGUAAUCCUUAUUGGCCUUGUAUCUCAAAGUUUAGCUCAAAGCACAAAUUCAUCAACCAAUGUCUAUUGCUACGAUUGCGAUCCAAAAAAUAAUCCGGAAGCGUGUGCUAAUCCAGUAAGAAAUGGCGUCAAACAAACUCUAUGCAAUCAAUUACCCAGGAAACACGAAAAUUCUACUUUUAUUUGUUUAUCUGCAAAUAUAACUUUUUAUGGACACCUCAGUAAUGAAACCGGUAUUUACCGUGGAUGUCAAGAACAAGAAGCCUCAGUUGAAUCGUUUUGUGAUUAUUUCAAAGAAGAGACCGAUAAUAAUAAUACCCAAGUGGUAUCUUGUGUGCCAUGUAACACCACCCGCUGCAACAAUAUUACUUUUAGAGCAGAUGGUUCUCCCGAUGAUAAUAGCAAUAAUGGAUCGUCUUUUGUAGAUGUGACAUUAAUGGUUAUCAUUGUUAGUGUAUUGUUUAGUGUGUUUUUUUAG